AUGGAGCAGCCGGGAUGGAGGAAGUUCCUGAAGUUCAUUGGGCCGGGUUUCCUCGUCUCACUGGCCUACCUCGACCCGGGAAACCUGGAAACUGACCUGCAGGCCGGGGCUAAUCACGGCUACGAGCUGUUGUGGAUUAUACUGAUUGGGUUGAUCUUCGCGCUCAUUAUCCAAUCUCUCGCUGCCAACCUUGGCGUUAGCACCGGGAAACACUUAUCCGAACUGUGCAAGGCCGAGUAUCCUCAAUUCGUGAAGAUAUGCCUAUGGCUGCUUGCCGAGCUUGCGGUGAUUGCUGCCGAUAUACCCGAAGUGAUUGGGACAGCUUUCGCUCUGAACAUUUUGUUUCACAUCCCGGUCUGGGCCGGCGUCCUCCUCACCGGCAGCAGCACUCUCUUACUCCUCGGCCUCCAGAAAUACGGGGUGAGGAAGCUGGAGCUGUUAAUCUCCCUGCUAGUAUUCGUAAUGGCGGCAUGUUUCUUCGGCGAAAUGAGCUACGUGAAACCUCCGGCGUCGGAUGUUCUGAAAGGCAUGUUCAUCCCGAAGCUCGCCGGCCAGAGUGCCACCGGCGACGCGAUCGCCCUCCUUGGCGCCCUCAUCAUGCCGCAUAACCUCUUUCUCCACUCUGCUCUUGUCCUCUCCCGGAAAGUUCCCAACUCCGUCCGUGGCGUCAACGAUGCUUGCCGGUAUUUCCUGAUAGAGAGCGGGUUCGCCCUGUUCGUGGCGUUUCUGAUCAACGUCUCGGUCAUUUCGGUUUCGGGGAAAGUUUGCACGGGGACGAAUAUCUCCGCCGAGGAUGCCGAACGUUGCAGCGACCUCACCCUCAACUCUGCCUCUUUCCUUCUCAAGAAUGUGUUGGGAAGAUCGAGCAAGAUUCUGUACGGAGUUGCCCUGCUAGCUUCAGGGCAGAGCUCUGCAAUCACAGGAACAUAUGCAGGACAGUACAUAAUGCAAGGGUUCUUGGACCUCAAGAUGAGAACUUGGCUGAGGAACCUAGUCACACGGAGCAUUGCAAUUACUCCCAGCUUGAUCGUGGCCAUCAUCGGCGGAUCCGCCGGCGCCGGACGGCUGAUCAUCAUUGCAUCGAUGAUCCUCUCAUUUGAGCUUCCGUUCUCUCUGAUCCCACUUCUGAAGUUCAGCAGCAGCAGUACAAAGAUGGGACCUUACAAGAACUCCAUAUAUAUCAUUGUGGUGUCGUGGAUUCUCGGGCUGGGAAUCAUCUCCAUCAAUGUGUACUAUCUGUCCACCGGAUUCGUCGGGUGGCUGAUCGACGGCGACCUCCACAAAGUCGGGAAGGUGUUCAUUGGCAUCAUAGUUUUCCCACUCAUGGCGAUCUAUGUUCUGGCAGUGAUUUACCUGACGUUUAGGAAAGAUGUCGUUGUAACUUACAUCGAGCCGGUGAAAGGAGUUGAAGAAGGAUUUGGGGGAGAAGCAACAGGGGAAGGUCAGCUUCCUUAUAGGGAGGAUUUAGCCGAUAUCCCAUUGCCACAAUGAGAGACUCCAUAUGAUAAGAGAAGCUCGAUGGUUUUGUUUAUUGCCCUAGUUGAAGUGCUGAUCAGUGUUUGAUGUGUAGUAUAUAAUUGGUGUAGCAUAUGUAGGGAAGCUCCAUUGCUCCUCCAUCGAGUUAAACUUUGUCUAAGAUGAUGGGUUUCUUCUUGUUUUUGUUGUAUUUUUUAACUUGUGUCUUGUGCCUUACUACUAAUGUGGUUACAGUUUUGUGGCAAAUCUCCAUCAUUCUAUGAUGUUAUUGUUACUUUGUACUCAU